AUGUCGGUCCACCCCACCGAGGAGGAGCUGGAGAGCCUAUCUCUGGCGUGCCAGAAGCUGUGGGACUUGGACGAGAAUCGGCUGGAGCCGGGCGUGGACUACGCCAUCAACGUGCAGGGUGGCAAGAACCCAUUUGGGAACCAGGAUGCUGCAGCAGACAAGCUGUUCCUGGGCGUGAAGGACGAUGUGUGGCAGAGACAGACGUAUGUGAUUUUCUACAACCUGCUUGACAACUAUGAAAGGCAGACUGGCAUCAGGGAGACCCUCACACCGCAAGAGAGGCAGGAAACAAUAGCGUUCGUGAACGCGAUUAUGGAAACGAAGCCCAUGCAGUAUUGCCACAACCUCCUUGUCAAGAAGGGCAGAGCCCCUGCAGAUGAAGGGGAGUUCAAGGACCUGCUGAUGAAGCUCUGGUUCUAUUUCUAUCGGAGGGAGACGGAUUUCGACUCCAGCGGCUUUGAGCACGUCUUUGUGGGCGAAGUAAAGAAUGGAAAAGUGACUGGGCUGCACAACUGGAUACAGUUUUACAUUGAGGAGAGGAAAGGGAACAUCGACUACCGGGGGUUCAUCAGGCCAAGGAGGCGCGGACAGGGAGUGGAGAAUCCCGAUGGCAAUGAACGGAUUCUGACGGUCCAGAUGGAGUGGGGCGACGAGCUGAAGCCCAUUUCCACCAUCUUCAUCGGGACGUCGCCCGAGUUCGAGAUGGCGCUGUACACGCUGUGCUUCCUCGCCGGCGGGGAGGAGAACCUGAUCGACAUCGAGCAAUAUGACGUCAUGAUCAAGUGCUACAGAAUGGGUCGCGACAGGGACCAAAUCGGGACGGCCUUCCCAGAGGUGGUCGGUGUGGACCAAUAG